GGAGGGUGGUGGGAAGGACAGCUCAAAGGCAGAAGAGGUUUGUUCCCUGACAACUUUGUAAGAGUGAGUACAAAGUGGAACUGUUCUUGUGUUGUACGUAUAUGUUUUGUGUACUGUGCUGUUCAGGUUGUCAGCCUUGAUAUCAUAUUUCUUCAAUCCAAGACUGUGAUAUACUGCAAUAUAAUGUUCCACGGAGGCUGCAUUAGAAAGGAAAGAUUGAUUUAUUGUGAAGACAAUAUAGUAUCAAUAUCCUGAAAGUAAAAAUAGCUACCCCUGACGUCCUCUGCUUUUCAGUUGUUAUGCCUGGCUGUGUCGUCUGGGAGCAAAGUUUUCAUUCUAGCACAACCUAUAUGUCAAAAGAAAUAAAACAGUCUAUGGUCUCUUCUGCGUUUGCAAUACUAUCUUCUCUCUGUAGCUGUUGCUUCUUCUUCUCCAGAUUGCUUCCUUAGGUUUUGUAGAAUAUUUCUAGAAUACAUAUUCAUGACUGAACUAGCUGAGAAUAAUUAAAGUGGAUUUUUUCUAAACAACUGCCCACAAAAAAACUUUUCAAAGUGUAUCGUUAUUUGGUAUUUCAUGUAAUCUACCAAAUAACCUGCAAUAAUACUGAUUUUAGAAAAGCCAUUCAAAGUUUUAGAAAUGAAAAUAUGUCUUUUUUUACUGAACAUCUUUGUGUGUUUGGAUAUGUUUGCCCACAUCUUUAUCAAUGACCUGGAUAGUGGUAUUGAGGAUGCUCCAUCCUCACUUGAAGGCAUUCAGAGCCUGGUUGGAUGGGCCCCAGGCAGCCUUAUCUAGUGCCUGAUUUAGUGGUUGGCAACCCUGCCCAGGGCUGGGGUGUUGGAAGUGGAUGAUCUUUAAGGUCCCUUCCAAGCAUUCUAUGAGUACCUCUGGGCCUCCAUGAUAUGUCACUGUAGACCUAGACUGUUAGUUUCUAUAAAUCUCUGUAAACCUAGCUCUCCAGCCAUGGGAAAAAGAACAAGGGCUACAAUAAACUACAUAAAUGAGCUUUUUGUUACUGCAGUUUCAGAGGGUCUUUGUGACUUUCCACUUUCAAAGGGUGUCAGUCUUUUUUCUUCUUGUAACUUGGGGCCUGUUGUGUGUUUAUACAUAUACACAUCAUUAAGUUAUUUCACUUUUCUUCAACGACAUUCCAUACAUCUGAGAUAAUUUGGGACAGUGGUAAUUUGACAAACUCGUAGGCUCUGUAGCAGGGGGACUUGGGAGCCUCAGGUGUUGCAAAAGGAAAAAAUAUACCCACAUAGUAAUACGUGUUCUUGUCCUUGACAAGGGUAAAGAAUAGCUCUGUAUCCAUCAGGAGCAAUGAGGAGGAGGAAGUCAGAGACUCGAGGAUAUGAAAGGGAGUGAAGGGGAAAAAUGGAUAUCUCAUUUCUUGCUAAUCUCUGGAAAUCCACAUUUUGAGGAAAGAAACAAUUUUGGGACUCAUUAUGUACCAAUGAUAUUUUUCUUUAACUUUGGUAGACUGCUGUUGUGGUUUAACCCAGCAGGUGGCUGAGCACUACAGCUGUUCACUCACUUCCUCCUCUUCCCAGUGGGAUAGGGGAGAGAAUCAGGAGAAAAAAAAAAAGUAGAACUCGUGGUUUGAGAAAGAACUAUUUACUGUUUACUCAAAUAGAGUAAAGGGUAAGGAUGAUAAUUAUGACAAAUCUAUCUAUCUGUAUAUAGAUAGAUAUUAUCCUUUUCCAAUGAGCCGUCCUAAUUCUGUUCCCUCCCAGCUCGAGCCCUUCACUGAGAAUGGCCUUGGCUCUGUGCAACACUGCUUAGUGGCACCUAUAAACAUUGAUGUGUUAUCAGCAUUGUUUUCCUCCUAGAAACCAAAACAUAGCGUCAUACCAGACACUGAAUAAAACAAUUCCAUCCCAGCUGAAACCGAGGCACUUGAAAAGUUCUCUGGGAUAAGAACAAUUUUUCUCUAAGCUUUCUCCUGGCUGAUAUUUGAAAUUUGCUGCUGAUUUUAGGAGCACUGAAUUCAAUGACCUAAACAAAUGUGGCCUAUGAAUUUCUCUCAUGAAAAUAUCACAAUAUAUGCAUGAAGGCAAGUUCUUUUCAUUAAUACCUAAUUAUUAUGGCCUCUUCUUUCCAAAAUGACUUCAAUCUGUGGUGUCCAGUCAAAUGAUUUAAAAUAAAUAAAUACAUUUGGUUUCAGUCAGAAGUUCUGAAACAACAAUACAUGUUUUGUAUCCUGUGCUCUCAUGCAGUAUUGGUACAUUUUUUUCUUAAUUUUUUCUGAAGUCAGCACUGAGAGCUGUUUUCUGAAGAACUAAAAACCACAUUAAGUUCUUCCUCAUUCUCGUAUCAUGCUUGAAUGCAAAGUCAGAUGCUGAUCUUUCUGAUCUUUCCCUCUCUAAUUUAGGUAACCUGCAGUAGAAAAUACAGACUUCCUAAAAAUGUGGUUUGUGAAUAUCUUCAGUGAAAAACUUCAUCUUUCUUCAGUUUUUCUCAUGGAAAUAUCCUUAAACAUGGGGAGCUUUAUUCAACCAUAACAGCGUUACUGUUACUGAGUUUAUUGAAUGUAAUCAUUCUGUCUGUUAAGAUUACAAGUAAUUGCAAACAUUCUCUUUUGGUUGUCAUAGAAUCAUAGAAUCGUUUGAAUUGGAAAGGACCUUUAAACAUCAUCUAGUCCAACUCCUCUGCCAUGAACAGGGGCAUCUACAGCUAGGAAAUAAAGAAGGACAUGAAGAAGGAAAAUAUUGCCAACAAACCACCAGAGAAGCCUAUAAAUGAAAUUUGCAAUGGAAGCUCUUUGCUGUUGUCUGAGACAAUUAUUAGAACCAACAGAAAAGGAGAGAGGAACAGACGAAGAAGAUGUCAGGUGGCUUUCAGUUAUUUGCCUCAAAAUGAGGAUGAACUGGAAUUAAAAGUUGGUGACAUCAUUGAAGUUGUGGGAGAGGUAGAAGAGGGCUGGUGGGAAGGUAUCCUUAAUGGAAAGACGGGCAUGUUUCCUUCCAACUUCAUAAAGGAGCUGUCUGAUUCUGAUGAUGCUGGAAUAGCACAGGAAGAGCAAGUAAAGCCAAGAAAGUCUGCCUUUGAAGGGACAAUUCUGUACAGAGUGGCACCGGCAAAGAUUGACAGCUACAGACGCUAUAACAGUCUGAAAGAUACUACAGGCUCUGAGAGUGAUGGUGGUGACUCUGGCAGCACAAAAUCAGAAGGAGCCAAUGGAGGCACGACAAUCCAACCCAAAAAGGUCAAGGGUGUUGGCUUUGGAGAUAUCUUCAAAGACAAACCUAUAAAGCUACGACCAAGGUCAACAGAAGUUGAAAAUGACUUUCUCCCAGUAGAUAAGAGUGUUGGGAAGAAAGUACCUCCAGCCACAGCAAGUCAGGAGCCAACAAAAACAGAAGUGGACAGCAGAACAAAAACCAAGGAGUAUUGCAAAGUGAUAUUUCCAUAUGAAGCACAGAAUGAUGAUGAACUCACAAUCCGAGAAGGUGAUGUCGUCACACUUAUCAGUAAGGACUGUAUUGAUGUGGGUUGGUGGGAAGGAGAACUGAACGGCAGACGAGGAGUGUUUCCAGAUAACUUUGUCAAGCUUCUUCCUUCCGAUUUUGAAAAAGAGAGACCGAAGAAACCACCACCCCCAUCAGCUCCUGUUGUCAAACAAGGAUUAGGAACCACAGACCGAAAACAAGAAGUCAAAAAGGUGCCUCCUGAAAGGCCAGAGUGUCUCCCUAACCGAACAGAAGAAAAAGAAAGAUCAGAGAGAGAGCAAAAACAGUUAGACUUGCAGAAGCCUUCAGUUCCUGCUAUACCUCCGAAGAAACCACGGCCACCCAAAGCAAAUCCUGUGAGCAGACCUGGUACCUUACCUCCAAGAAGGCCAGAAAGACCAGUUGUGCCUGCGACUCAUGCAAGGAGUGAUAGUCCAAAAGUGGAACUAGUGGGGAGUUCGGUAUCCAGCACACUGGAGAAAGACUCCUCUGACAGAAGCAAUGACAUCGACUUGGAAGGUUUUGACUCUGUAGUACCAAUUGCUGAGAAGCUUAAUCAUCCAACUACAACCAGACCAAAAGCUACUGGCAGGCGACCACCCUCCCAGUCUUUCACAUCUUCGUCCCUUUCAAGCCCAGAUUUCUUUGACUCACCGAGUCCUGAAGAAGAGAAAGAUGAACAUGUUUCCAUUACUCACAAAACUAUUGAAGUGUCGAGGAAGUCAAGAACUGUUACAAUAUCACAGGUAUUUGAUAAUAAAACUUCGUUGCCUCCAAAACCAGGAGGUUUGGCUAGUGGCAGUAAUGUACAACCAUCUCUAUCACCUUCACCAUCACCUGGAUUUCAUUCAAUUGCUAUGGGAACAACAGGCCACAGGUCAAAUUCCCCAUCCCUACUUGGUGCAGAAGGAAAGCCAAAGACUGAACAAUUGAGCCAAGGUCAGACUGCCCUGGAGGAGCUGAGAACGCAAGUUAAGGAGCUAAGAACUAUCAUUGAAACGAUGAAAGACCAGCAAAAAAAAGAGAUUAAGCAGUUGCUGUCUGAACUGGAUGAAGAAAAGAAGAUCCGUCUACGAUUGCAGAUGGAAGUCAAUGACAUAAAGAAAGCUCUUCAAUCAAAGUGAAUACUUGAUAGAUGGAAUGUUGCAUUAUUCUACAUGACUGAGACUCAAAUUUAUGCCCCAGCCAAAAUAACUUUGUGCCAAAUGAUUUAAGAAUUGCCUCAACAUCCCUUUAUCGAAGGAUUAGCACAACCAUUUUGGAUAGCACAACAAAAAUACCAACAGUGAGGAAAAAUCUUCCACACGAAGCGGUGCUGUGUGGCACUGGUUGUGACUGAAAUCGAUCUUCUUGUGCUAAAGGCUCUCUACUUCAAGAUCAUAGGUGAAAUGAAAACUCAGGCAGUUUAGUCCAUAGUGGUACUAUUUUGAUGAUAUUUUUCCAUAAAUAAAGUGUAUUUCAGAUUAUCUGUUUACAAGCUUUAUGAUUUUGAUUUUUGUUUUUUAAUUGUCUUUUGUCACAGAUUUUAAAAUGUUUGUACUGCAUAUAGCCAGGAAUGAAUGUUAACGUUGGGGCUGGAGGGAUUAUUUUUGCUUCGAGAUAGAACAGCCUACUUCUUGUUACGGUUUUAAGUUGUUAAAUAUGCAAUUUCAUGUCCCCCGACCCCCCUACGAUGAAACUUACCUUGUGUACAGUAAUGUAUUUAGGAGAAGAAAACCAACAGAAUAAGAAUCUGGUCUUUGCAAUGAUUUGUGCCUUUCUUUGCCACACACCGACGGGAGCUGGUUGCAGGUCAGGUCUCCGUCACGUAGCUACCCCCAUCUCCCGUCACCGGUGUCCGGUAGAGGUCACGCUCACCGGGUACAGCUAGCUGCUCCACACAGCCGGGUCCCUGCCAAGUGGAGGGACAGUGGCACGGUUGAGAGCAUCUCUGUCUAUAUCGGCUGUGGCUUUUUAGCUUUCCCAUUUUCAGUAGCCUCUCCUUUGGUUUUGAAUGUUUAUCUCCGCUUGGUUUUCAGUAGAUGAUUUCAGCGCCAGCCUCCGUCCCCAAUUUUGCACAGAGUGAACAGAAUAUGCAUUAUUAAAGCAAAAAUAAAUAAAAGUAAACUAUAAAACAUGAAUAAAAAGUUGUAUUAUUUCCUGCA